AUGUGGCUAGACUCCUGCGGCAGCCCAAACCUCUUCAGCUCUGCGCUCAUCUCCUCGGAAUACCGUCCUGGCCAAGAAAGGUCCAGCACAAGAUUUCAGAACCUUGCAGCAAAAUACGCGACAUUCGGUGCGAGGCGUACCUCGCCUGAGCAGGUUGUAGCCGCAGUAAAUCCGGUCGUCUGGGCAGCUCGCGGCCGUGGUGACGGCGGGGAAAAGAAGGCUUCAUACAGCGACGAGCAGGGCAGGCUUGACCCUUUUGCCAGUCGCGCGUGA